UUGAACAGAGCUCAGCUCAUUAACAUAACUUCGUUUCGUCACUUCUUGUUGGCGCGAACACUUCAAUCCCAGCGAGAGGGGUUUAGUUUUCCAAGGAGCCCAUCUCCGUUUUUCACAAUAGCUUACCGUCGAGGUUUGAACAAAAUGAUUGGGCAAAAAACUAUUAACUCAUUUUUCUCACCAGUCCCGAAAAAACGGAUUUCUAACGAAACAAAUGAAUCCGAGGAGAAUGCAAAAGACCCGAAGAAGCCAAAGUCCUCGGCGGUGGAGCCUGAGGUUUCCAGCCGGUCUCCUACUCCUCUGUCCCCGGAGCAGCUGGACAGGAUCGCCCGCAACAAGAGAGCAGCGCUGGAGAAAAUCAUUUCCGCCCAAACACCUCCAGGGUUUGGGGAGAGCUGGAGAGAGGGACUGUCGACAGAGUUUGGAAAGCCUUACUUUAAAAAAUUGAUGGAUUUUGUUUCACAAGAGAGGAAGAGCUGCACUGUCUACCCACCUGCUGAAGAAGUCUUCACCUGGACUCAAAUGUGUGACAUCCAAGAUGUCAAAGUGGUGAUUCUUGGCCAGGAUCCAUAUCAUGGUCCUAACCAAGCCCAUGGAUUGUGCUUUAGUGUCAAAAGGCCAGUGCGUCCUCCACCCAGUUUGGAGAACAUGUACAAAGAACUGGUGUCGGACAUUGAAGGCUUUCAGCACCCUCAACACGGAGAUCUGACUGGAUGGUCCAAACAAGGUGUGUUGUUGCUCAAUGCUGUGUUGACCGUCCGAGCGCACAAUGCCAACUCCCACAAAGACAGAGGCUGGGAGACCUUCACUGACGCCGUCGUGCAGUGGCUCAGCAGAAACCUGGAAGGCCUUGUUUUCAUGCUUUGGGGAGCGUAUGCUCAGAAGAAAGGAGCUGCCAUUGACAGGACACGCCACCACGUCCUGCAGGCGGUGCAUCCUUCCCCACUGUCCGUUCAUAGAGGAUUCUUCGGGUGCAGCCAUUUCUCCAAGGCCAACGAGCUGCUGAAGCAAUCUGGAAAGUCACCCAUAAACUGGAAGUCACUUUAAGGUUUCUUGACAUGUAUGUUAGUUAACUUCAGACCAAAAUCCACCCAUAAGCUUCCACAGUUUCCUGUUUGAUCAAUAGAAUGUGCAGAUAUUUCUUUAUGAGACUAAAGACUUCAUGUUGGCAGUUGAGAAAGUUGUGUGUUGUGCUAUACACUGAAUUGUCUUGCAUUUCUCUUUCUCAAUAUGGCUUUUCAACAUUGUAAAUAUGUGUGUGUUUUUUUUAUUACUUUUUGAUUGAAAUUUUGCUUCCAUUAAAGAGGUUCCAAAAUGUG